AUGGAUGCAAAACUCAGUUAUUCAAUUCCACAAAUCAACAACAUUAUGGAUGCAAAAACUAAUUUGAUCCUUAAUAAAAUCAAUCAGCAUGCCAAUGUGACGAGUAGCGGGGCUACUUCGCAACAAGGAGGAGAUGGAGCUGAGAAGGAGCCUGAGCACUUAAACACUGGUGGAGGAUUAGAAAAUGUUGAGAAUCCUAUUAAUAACAAAAUUCCCAUUCUGAAAUUUGUUAUCAUAAAUCCUUAUCAUACCAAGAACGUGGGAAAGGUUAAUGCGACAAAAGUUCAUCUUGAAAAACAAUCUUUGGAAGAGAAGUUGAAAGACUUAAAGGAGAAAUCGUUUAUUGAUCAGAAGAUUAAUGUAUCUUAUGGAUCAGGAAAAGGAAAAGUGACAGUUAUUUCUUAA